CAACAAUACAAACAGUCAAACACCUCAGCACUCAAUAGUCAACUGCCACACACACACACACACACAGGUGUAUUAAUAGGAAGAAACGCCACUCACGACAACAUGCCUAGAAAGAAUCAUGAAAACAUGGGCAUGAUCACCAUGGAACAGCUCAAGGAUAAGGUGAAAGCGGGCGAGAUAGCUACGGUGGUGCUUGGGUUCACCGACACCUACGGCAAGUUGUGUGGCAAGCGCAUCGAGGCCGAUUUCUACAUUGAAACGCCUCACACAGAAGUGUGCAACUAUCUCCUGGCCUGUGACAUCGAGAUGAAUCCUAUACAGGGAUUCGAGCUAUUCAACUGGGAGAAAGGCUUUGGUGACCUUAGCCUGGCUCCGCUUGAGUCUACUAUUCGCAUCUGCUCAUGGCACGAGAAGACAGCGUUGGUCUUAGCCGAUGUCAAUGAUGCCCAUGGGGUGCCCUGUCCAGUGGCCCCGCGAACAAUCCUCAAGAAGCAACUGGAGCUGCUCGAAGCCAAACACCCAGGCUACGAGUGCUAUGCCGCCUCAGAGAUAGAGUACUACACGUACCGAACUUCAUACCGAGACGCACGUGAGUCAUCGUACACAGAGCUUAAGUCCACAGCUACGUACAUCGGAGACUAUCAGCUGCAGCAGGCGAGCAGAGAGGAGGACAUCCAGGGGAAGCUGCGCAAGCAUCUGGUCAAGUCUGGUGUGCCUAUUGAGUGCUCAAAGGCCGAGGCUGGUAUUGGCCAGCAUGAGCUCAACGUCAAGUACACCGAGAUGCUUGAGAUGGCUGAUCGAACAAUAGUAUAUAAGCAGUGCCUAAAGGAGGUUGCGGAACAGUUGGGUGUGUCAGUGACGUUCAUGGCAAAGCCCUCUAAUGACCAGUCCGGAUCCAGUUGCCAUGUGCACGUGUCAAUGUUGAAGAAAGACGGAACAUCCGCCUUCUACGAUACAACCCGCAAAUGGAAUGGUCUACACGUAUCACAGGAGUUCCAAUAUUUCUUAGGUGGACUGAUCAAGUACAUACCUGAGUGUAUGCCGUUUAUUGCACCUACUAUUAACUCGUACAAACGCUAUGCCGAAGGGUCAUGGGCCCCAACACGCCUGGCCUGGUGCGCGGAUAACAGGACCGCUGGAUUCAGAGUGGUGGGAGAGGGACAGGCUACACGAGUGGAGGUACGAAUUCCCGGGGCAGACGCCAACGUAUACCUGUGCUUCGCUGCCAUCUUAGCCUGUGGCCUGGAGGGUAUGCGUACACGAGUUGAGUGUCCAGAUCAGUUUGCCGGUGAUGUGUAUGCGGCAAAGGCUAUCCCUGAGAUCUCCAAGACGCUGGCGGAUGCAGUUAGAAUGUUCGACAACUCGGCGUUUGCGAGGUAUGGUGUAUGUUUUGGUUAAGGGGGUGCUUGUUUUGUUGCCCCGUUUGAUGUGUGAGGUAUAUUUAUAUAUGCGUUAUAAGUCUAGUAUGAAGAUCAUGUUUGUGUACACUACCAUGUGUGUUCCAGGACGAGUCUUGUUGUCUAUUUGGUGUAUGUGCAUCCCGUGUGUUAUACGCGUAUAACGGUGUGAACAUUCGCAGUGCU